AGGCAGCAGCACCUGUCCAAAGUUAUUAGUAUCGUCUCAGUCUUGUCCAGCGAGUGCCACAGCCAGGCUAAUUGAGCAGAAUGCACACAAUGAAGCGGCUCAGGGAAUAAAUGGAAGUGUGCCAGUCAAACAGGCCCCACGCACAGCUUCAAGUCCAAAGCCACAAGUGCCUCCAAAGCCAAUACAUCUGCAGAAUUUAUCACCUGUUACAUACCAAACCCCUAGGCAUAGAGCUUUAUCGAAGCCGAAACCAAGGAUGGAGGAAGAGGUACCUACCCCUGCGUCCGGCGGCGCAAAGGAGAAGUCCAGCAAAGUGUCAGAUCUCAUCAAUCGUUUCGAAGGAGGAAGCCCCUUGAGUCAUAGUGAAUCGAAGAAAGAAUCCUCCGUUCUCAGCAUUCCUAAAUCUCAAGGAAGAUAUGGGCCAACACCAUCACCUCAGCCAAAACUCCCCUCCCAGCACCCACUACAAAAACAGGGAAAUAAUAAUACCGACAAAACUCAGGUUGCACAGACACACACAGCCAACGGAGUAGUAGCACAAGACCAGGUGGCACAUGAGGACAGGAGGGUACCUGAGCAAAGCCCCGUGCAGCUCACCCAGGUGCCAGGUAAUGCAAUCAGCAGUAGCUUGGUGAAUGGGGAAAGAGAAAGCACUACGAGAGAGUCCUUGCCGACUACAACUGCCUCUGAAGGACCAAUGCUUAACAGCUGCUACAGGACUCCAAGCAGUGAUACACUGCUCCCAUCCGAAAAAGACACUCUAGAAAUUAAUGCAAAUGUGAAGGAAGAACCGAAUGAGGAAAUCAGUAAGCAAGAUCCACCUGUAGAAACAAAGGAGACAGAUGAACAGAAACGUCACAAAAUUGCCAAUGAACUUCUGCAUACAGAAAAAGCCUAUGUUAGUCGACUUGACCUCCUAGACCGGGUAUUCUAUUCCAGACUCUUGGAAGAAGCUAACAGAGGCUCAUUUCCAGCUGAAGUGGUUAACAAAAUCUUUUCUAAUAUCUCAUCAAUAAAUGUCUUCCACAGUGAAUUCUUGCUUCCAGAACUUGAGAAAAGAAUGCAAGAAUGGACUACCACUCCCAGAAUCGGAGAUAUUCUGCAGAAGUUAGCUCCGUUCCUCAAGAUGUAUGGAGAGUACGUGAAAAAUUUUGAUAACGCCAUGGAACUGGUGAAAACGUGGACUGAACGAUCACCUCUGUUCAAGUUCAUUAUUCAAGACAUUCAGAAGGAAAAAGUGUGUGGAAAUUUGACAUUGCAACAUCACAUGCUAGAGCCAGUACAACGCAUUCCACGCUAUGAGAUGCUUCUAAAGGACUACCUAAGGAAAUUGCCUCAAGAUUCCCCAGACUGGAAAGAUGCUGAAAAAUCCCUGGAAAUUAUAUCCACCGCAGCAAGUCAUUCUAAUAGUGCAAUAAGAAAAAUGGAGAAUCUAAAGAAAUUGCUGGAGAUAUAUGAGAUGCUGGGAGAAGAGGAAGAUAUUGUGAACCCUUCAAAUGAGCUGAUAAAAGAAGGACAGAUCCUUAAACUUGCUGCUCGCAAUACAUCUGCUCAAGAACGGUAUCUUUUCUUAUUUAACAACAUGCUUCUCUACUGCGUCCCCAAAUUCAGCUUGGUAGGAUCAAAAUUCUCAGUUCGAACCAGAGUUGGCAUAGAUGGUAUGAAGAUCAUAGAGACUCAUAAUGAAGAAUAUCCACACACUUUUCAAGUGUCUGGAAAAGAGCGAACACUGGAGCUGCAGGCCAGUUCAGAACAAGAUAAGGAAGAAUGGAUAAAGGCACUUCAGAACACUAUAGAAGCUUUUCAGCAGAGGAAUGAAACCUUCAGAAAUGCUAUUGCUAAAGAAUAUGAAGAUAUGCCCGCUGAAGUUUCUAACGCGGAGCUUGGGAAGAGAGCGCCGCGGUGGAUCCGCGACAACGAAGUGACCAUGUGCAUGAAAUGCAAAGAACCCUUCAACGCGCUGACGAGGAGGAGGCACCACUGCCGAGCGUGCGGACACGUGGUUUGCUGGAAAUGUUCCGAUUAUAAGGCUCAUCUUGAAUAUGAUGGUAAUAAGUUGAACAAAGUUUGUAAGGAUUGCUAUCACGUUAUAAUAGGUUGUACAGACAGUGAAGAAAAGAAGAAAAAGGGUAUCUUGGAGAUUGAAUCUGCUGAAGUCUCCGGAAAUAGUGUCAUAUGUAGCUUUCUUCAAUAUAUGGAAAAAUCAAAGCCCUGGCAGAAAGCAUGGUGUGUUAUACCUAAACAGGAAGCUCUUGUGCUGUACAUGUAUGGUGCUCCACAGGAUGUUAGAGCUCUGGCUACAAUUCCACUUCUGGGCUAUACCGUAGAUGACACUCCAAGAAGUGCUGAUCUCCCACACAGCUUCAAACUGACCCAGUCCAAAUCUGUACAUAGCUUUGCUGCGGACAAUGAGGAACUCAAACAGAAAUGGUUAAAAGUUAUCCAUUUAGCUGUCAAAGGUGAGACACCAGAAUGUCAAAAUGAACUGCAGGUGAAUUUAGAAGAUGAGCCUGAAUCUUCUAAAAAAACUGAAUGCUGAAGCUCAAGAGCACAUAGUGUUUUCAAAGAUUUCAACUGAAUUUGUGGUUAACCUUCUUUGUGUUAACCUUCCUUUGCUCAAUCAAAUAAAAAAAAAAGAAAAAAGAAAGAAACUUCUAACUACUAUACACAUCUUAGCACUUUAUGUUUGGGAAAAAUUCUGGUCUUUUUUGGGAUCUUUUUCUUAUAUUUAUGUUCUGUCAGUAAAGAUGAUGUACAGGUGCAUUU